ACAAUGGAUACUCUCAGCUUGUCAGUGAACGCGGUUUCCUACACUGUGGCGGCUGAUCUCUCCCCCACUGAUGACCCCUUCAGUGGACCAAUUGAUGGCAUCGCACCGUGGAACUUCACCGUCCUGGCCGUGCUCAUGUUCGUGGUCACAUCUCUGUCUCUUAGUGAAAACUUUCUCGUCAUGUUUGUCACUUUCAAGUUCAAACAGCUCAGGCAGCCGCUGAACUACAUCAUAGUGAACCUGGCCAUCGCGGACUUUCUGGUCUCGCUUACCGGCGGAGUAAUAAGUUUCCUCACGAACGCGAGGGGUUACUUCUUCCUGGGGAGGUGGGCGUGCGUCCUGGAGGGGUUUGCUGUGACUUUUUUCGGGAUCGUAGCUCUGUGGUCGCUCGCCGUUCUCUCCUUUGAACGAUUUUUCGUGAUCUGCCGACCUCUGGGAAACAUCCGACUGCAGGCGAAGCACGCCAUCCUGGGUCUGCUGUUUGUAUGGAGCUUCUCCUUCAUCUGGACCUUCCCUCCAGUUCUGGGCUGGAACAGAUACACUGUCAGCAAGAUUGGGACCACCUGUGAGCCAGACUGGUAUUCGACCAAUGCGAGGGACCACAGCUACAUCAUCACCUUCUUCACCACCUGCUUCAUUCUGCCUCUCAGUCUAAUAUUCUUCUGCUAUGGAAAACUUCUACGGAAGCUCAGAAAGGUGUCUCAUGGCCGUCUGGCCACAGCCAGGAAGCCGGAGCGUCAGGUGACCCGUAUGGUGGUGGUAAUGAUAAUAGCGUUCAUGGUUGGCUGGACGCCGUAUGCCGCCUUCUCCAUACUGGUCACAGCUUAUCCAUCCAUCGAACUGGACCCCCGGCUGGCCUCCAUCCCUGCUUUCUUCUCCAAAACAGCUGCUGUGUACAACCCCAUCAUCUACGUCUUCAUGAACAAACAGUUCAGGAAGUGCCUAAUCCAGCUCUUCACCGGCAUGGGAACCAUCCCGGACAGCAACCUGAACCAGACCUCAGAGCGACCUGGAAUCACAGCGGAGAGUCAAACAGGAGAAAUGUCAGCCAUCGCCGCACGAAUCCCUGUGAGUGGCACAGCUUCGGCCAGGUCGGAUGAUUCUCCAACUGACUGCGGCUCGUUCGCACAGUUGCCAAUUCCAGAGAACAAAGUGUGUCCCAUGUAA